AUGCCCCUCUAUACUCGUCGUGGCCGGCAGCUCCGUCUCCAGCCCAGGAGCUCGCGGAGGCUCGCCUGCUCCACGCCGUCCGCGUGGAACAUGACGCUGGAGAAGCUCCCGUGCGACGACGACGGUGACGGCAAGAGACGGAUGCUCGGGCUCGCCAUCGGAGUGCCCGUGGGUGUCGUCGCGGUGGUCGGCGCCGCCGUCCUGGCAUACGUGUGCGUGGUGGAACGGCGGAAGGUGCACGGCGACGACGGCAAUAGCAGCAGCGCCAUCACCGGCACCAUGAUCCGCAGCCUCGCCGGCGGGCCGCGGGAGUUCGAGUACCACGAGAUUCGCAAGGCCACCAACAACAUCGACGAGAAGAUGAAGCUGGGGCAGGGCGGGUACGGGGUCGUGUACCGCGGCGUGGUGGUCGGCGACCACACCAGCCCGGCGGCGCCGGGAGCGCCGUCGAGGUGGCCAUCAAGAAGUUCUCCCGCGCCAGCACGCAGGGCCAGAACGACUUCCUCGCCGAGCUCAGCAUCAUCAACCGCCUCCGACACAAGCACCUCGUCCGCCUCGUCGGUAAGCUAUCUAGCCCCACAUUCUCGCUGUCCUCCGGCCGCCGUCGUCCUGGAGGUGGUGUGCGGCCGCCGCCCGCACUGCGACAUCGAGGGCUUCCACUUCCUGGUGGACUGGGUGUGGCGCCUCCACCGCGACGGCCGCGCGCUGGAGGCCGUCGACGCGCGGCUCGACGGUGCGUUCGACGCCGACCAGGCGGAGCGGCUGAUCCUGCUGGGGCUCUUGUGCAGCCACCCGACCCCCGCUGAGCGGCCCAAGACGCCGGCCAUCCUGCAGAUCCUGCUCGGGUCCAUGCCGCCGCCGGAGGUGCCGCCGUUCAAUCCGUCGUUCGUGUGGCCGGCGACCGACGGUGGGCUCGACACCAUGUCGACCACGGCGGGCACCACGACCAGCCAGCUCAGCUUGACGUCGGCGUCCACGUGGAGCGGCAACUUCUUGAAAGGCAGCCUGAAGCACGCGUUCGAGCAAGAAGGCACCACCGAUUCCUUGGAGUAA